AUGAUCCCUCUGCAAGAUGCUGGUAUAAGGCUCAAAGCUCGCUUGGCCAGAGAGGCUAAGGAAAAGGCCAAGAAGGAGGUAGAAGAGAAAGCUCUCCUGGAAAAAGAACAGAGGAUCAGAGAAGCUGAAGAAAAGGCUGCUGUUGAAACUGCUUCUGCUGCUACGGCUACUGUGGAGGCUGAGGCAAAAGCUAAAGCCGAAGCUGAAGAAGCAUCACAUAUUGCUGUAGAGGAAGCUUCCAAGGCCAGGGAUGAUGCUUUGACUCAGGUGGAGAAAUCUAACUAUGGGUUUGCCCCUCUGGUCUUAAAGACCCUGGAGGAAUUGCAAAAGGAACAACAAGUGGUUCGAGCUAGGCUGGAUCAACAGGAUUCUGUCAACAUGAACAUUCAGAACAUGUUGACUCAACUGCCCCAACGGAUGCCUCCGCCCCCACACCCUUAG